AUUUAGGGAAUGGAAGUGUUGAGAAACCACAGUCAGCUGAUUGCUAAGCAGAUGGGUUGUGGUGUUUCCAACACAUUUAAAUGAAACAGCACAGCUCAGUUGACACUAAGCUCUGGACACCAUCAAGUCAACAGCAGUGGAAGGUCUGUGCUGCAGAAAUCUCUAAGACAGUUCUUCAAGGCAAAAUGGAUUAUUCAGAUGAUUAUCAAUAUAUUCUAGACUAUAACUACAGUUACGAAAACAAUAUCACUCCACAUGAGGAGCUAGUUUUUCAGCACAAAUCAUCGUGUUUAAAUGAAGCUCUGUGUGUGUGUUUGCUCGUGGUCAGCGUGGUAAUUUUUCUGCUGGGCUUCUUCGGAAAUGCUUUGGUCAUUUGGAUUUCUGGCUUCAAGAUGAAGAAGACAGUCAACACCACCUGGUACCUGAGCCUUGCGAUCUCUGACUUUGUCUUCUGCACCUUCCUCCCUUUCAACAUCACCAACACGGCAAUGGAGGAAUGGAUCUUUGGCGCCUUCAUGUGUAAAUUCGUCUCCUCAGUCAUGUUCCUCAACAUGUUCAGCAGCGUCUUCCUCCUGGUCGUCAUCAGUGUCGAUCGCUGUGUGUCAGUCGUGUUUCCGGUUUGGGCCCAGAAUCAUCGCACUGUCAAAAAGGCAUCGAUUGUUGUUUUACUGGCCUGGCUUCUCGCCAUCGCACUGAGCUUUCCCUCUGUGAUCUUUCGGGAUGUUGGCACUCACCUGGGUAGGACCAUUUGCUUCAACAAUUAUACGUUUAACCAACACAGUCACAAGAUAGUUGCAGUGAGCCGCUUCCUUGCAGGGUUUUUUGUCCCUUUCACCACCAUCAUCAUCUGCUACGCUAUAAUCAUCCUCAGACUUCGAACCAACAGGAUGACCAAGUCCACCAAACCCCUCAAAGUCAUGACUGCACUCGUCGCUGCUUUCUUCAUCUGCUGGCUGCCCUACCACGUGUUCAUCCUGCUUGAGCUGGACCACCAAAACUACCAUCACAACAUUUUACGCAUCGGACUCACAGUAGGCACUUCUUUGGCAGCAGCGAACAGCUUCCUCAACCCAGUGUUGUAUGUUUUCAUGGGCAAUGACUUCAAGCAGAAGUUCAGGAGCUCUGUGCUCUCAAAGAUGGAGAAUGCGAUGGCAGAUGAAGGCCGCACCACCAGCCGAUACCUGUCCAGGUCCAGCUCCAUUGACACCAGAGUUUCUACACACAUCUAGAGGUGUCACUCCAAAACUGUUUCACUCAGUGCACACACAAAAAUACUUCAAAUAUGCAAUUAAUUACUGUAACACAAGAUGUGAAAUAUAUAUGAAUCAAGUCUGUAUAGAUUCACAGUACAAAUGAGCCUCUUUGUUGCAUUUUUCUACUUUUGGCAGCAAAGAGAAAGUUGUUGCCAUUUUAGGCUCACAAACACAUAAUGAAGUUGAAGAAUCUGCAAGCUUGAGACGUACUUAGCUCAUUUUGCAUUACAGGGUGGGUGACAUCAAUCUCAUCCAGCAGAAGAGUUUUCAAAGCAAUAUUUGUGAAAAGUUUUGUAGGCAAUUAUAUAACUGUAAAUUUAGUUGUAAAAUACGAGGACUGUAAAAUAUGAGGUAUAUUUUCUGAUAAUACAGUUGUAAAAUACGAGGACUGUAAAAUAUGAGGUAUAUUUACUGAUAAUACAUAUAUAAAAAAUGUAUCAUCACUAUAUUAAGCAUUGUCUGUAAUUACAUUAAGCAAAAGGAACACUUGAGCGGCUCCUUUCACAAGAGCAAUUUUGCAUGUAUUUACAAUCACAAAUGGUGGCAGCGCCACGUUUCACAAAUGUUGUGUUGAAUGCAAAUUGCAGAUACAUUUGCGAGUUUUGCAGGGCUCUUGCAUGGAUUGCAAGUAUGGUAUUUGUUCUGAUUAAUGAAACACGUCCAAAUUUAGGAAAAUAAUCUUAUGUGGCAAAUCUCAGCUUGUAUGUUGCAAAUUUGUUGUUCAUUUGCUGUAGAGUUGACUGUUGUAAAGAUUUCAUUGGCUUCCUUGACCUUCCUUGAACUAAAAUGAUAAGCACAAAGCCAGAGACUGGAAAUACACAGAAGAUAAUGAAGAACAAUCGGAAAAGAGCAAAGAGUUGAUUACUGGCAUUUCUUUUUCAGGCGCAUACAACCUCAGUUGUUGCAUCACCCCAAAAAGCAAUGUUCUGAGGUUUCAUUUACUGACAUCACAGUACGCAACUAUUUUUGUGUUGCAGACACAAUGUGCAAAUGCUUGGAGGUUUGCCGCUGAGAUAUGCACAGUGUAGUUAGUUCUACUGCUCUGCAUACUAUAAUCUGUUUUGGACAGUUUAUUGUGUGAGAUUAAUGUAUCUCUGUAACAACUCAGUAUAGCAAUCAUGAUGCAGUACAAAUACACACACACACAGCUGUUGUUAAAAACAACUUGUUGAAUGGACCUUUAUUUAUGUUAUUUCAUGUGUGAAAGCUGUACUGUGAAUGUGGUUUGUGCAGAUGCUUGAAUGUUUUUUUUUUCUCUUUGUUUCCAUUUUCUGAAAUAAAGCACUAACUAUUACAAUCA